CGUUUACGUUUUGGUUACGUGAGAAUUUUACUACAGACAGUGCUCCGAAAACAUGCGCGUAAUUUCAGGGAAGCGGAAAACCAGCGGGUCCUAGUUUUGGUAUUUGCACCCUGCCGAGGAACGAGAUUUCGAUCAAGACCGGACGAAACUACAGAAAGCCAAAUGGUUGGCUACAGCCCUAACAGCGAGCACCACUUGAGUGGGUCGCAGCUCGGAAUCGCCGGGGCCACUAGUGGUGCUGUUUCGCGCGCCCUCACCCAACCUCUGGACGUUUUGAAGAUCAGAUUUCAGCUGCAAGUUGAGCCCACUGCUGGUAGAAUGACUAGCAAGUCAAAGUAUAGCGGCGUCAUCCAAGCCACCCGACUAGUGAUUAGGGAGGAGGGCAGCAGUGCUCUGUGGAAGGGACACAUUCCGGCACAAGGCCUUUCCUUGCUCUACGGCGCCUCGCAGUUCUAUACUUACGAAUUGUUCACACAUUAUGCUUGUGAUCUGCAAUACAACCCGGCCGCAUUCUGGGUGCAUUUCACUUGUGGUGCUUUGUCCGGUUGCAGCGCUUGCUUCCUAACAAACCCACUGGACGUGGUUAGAACAAGAUUAAUUGCCCAAGGUGAACCAAAGAUUUAUAAUGGCGUAAUUUCUGCAUUUACCGGAAUCACCCGCAACGAGGGCCUCUUGGCCUUCUAUAAAGGCCUCACGCCUUCGCUCAUUCUGAUCGCGCCGCAGAUCGGAGCCGUCUUUGCUUGCUACGAGUUUUUCCACGACCUUUGGUGCGCCUCAUUGCCCAGAGCAGCCGGCUGGGCUCCCUUGAUGUGUGGUGCGCUUGCCGGAGUUUGCUCCAAAACUGUGGUUUACCCUUUGGACCUGGCCAAGAAACGAUUACAAGUCACUGGUUUUGAACACGCCAGGAAGGGUUUUGGAGAGGUUGUGAUAUUCAAAGGCCUGGGACAUGUGCUGUGGAGAACAGCAUCGAAAGAAGGUGUCCACGGUCUCUUCAAAGGUGUUUGGCCGAGCGUCUUAAAGGCCGCCUUAACCACAGGGUUGCAGUUGGCCGUUUAUGAACAGACUUGCAACAUGUUAAUUCUCAUGGCUCAUCAUCAUUGAACCUGUCAAUAACAAUGUAUGUUGAUUCUUCGUUAUUAUGCCUAUUUAAAAUGGGCUGUUAGAAAAAUAAUCUCGAUCAUAGUUCAUAUUCAAUACACUUUUUACAAAUUGUUGGACUUUAGUCUUUGCAAUAAGUGUGUAUUAAGACUGACGCCUUUCCAACCAGUAUGUGCAGUCCGAACUGAAUUUCAAUACCUAUUUUAGUGUUCUUAAAUUUCACUGGAAAAAUAUACAUAUUGACUUUGCAACAAAAGCAAAUAAAUUAUAGUAAGGCCAAUAUAUUAAAAACAAACGCUUUCAAAAUCAAUACAUACAUGUUUUUAGCAGAUUGUAAUUGUUUACUUGUUCAGCUGGCUCAGGUAAAAUAAAUAAAACGUUAAAAGAUCUGUGAAUAAAUUGAAAAUUAUUAUUUAUCUUUUUUAUGUGAUAAACAAAUGUUUGCUGAAAAAAUUAAGGACAGUCUUCAUUAUUUUCACUCAAUUUAUUUAUUGUUACAUUGCGUUUACAAUUCAAUCCUAUAACAAUAAUAUAAUUACUAUGCUUUGCAAUAAUAUUUAUUAAACUUCAUUAUAAUUGUCAAAUAACUCGCGCCUUUCCACUAAUAUAUGCAGGGGUCAAUUAAUUAACUUAUAUAACUUGUGUUGCUAUAAUUUUCAGGUAUAAUUAUGCUUUUUUAGAUAGGCUUUCCACUUAAUUCUACCCGAUUUGUUACCUAGUUUUUUACCCAACUUGGAUGUAUACCUAAUUAUACUAUUCAAUUUUAUCCCUAUCAAAGAGGCACAUUUAUUAUUUUUUUUCUCAAACAAAAUCAAUGAAAACUUGUAAUACAGAGAACAACUUACUUUUCACUUGUUCAACUGGCUCAGGAUAAAUAAAUAAGAUGUUACGGCUCCACAGAUCUGCAAAAUACAUUUUUUAAAUUUUAUAUACAUGGAAAAUAGGGAAAAUAGUAUUUACUGAAAAAAGUAAAGGUCGAUCUACAGUGAAAAGUCCACAGGCCCAGAAACCGAGCUUUCUUGCUCUUACUUGAGACCCAAGUAUUUGGAGCUGCAAAAAUCUUCCAUAUAUUGACUAUAUUUAUUUAAUUUUAAUCUUGAUCCACCUCUCGAAGGGCGUCUUGGUCCACAGUUUUCCUCAAAAGUCUGGCAGCUGCCUCGGCAGUGUUCUCAGCUUCCUCCCUGACCGCAUCACACGCCACAGUAAUCAAAGUCAUUCUGACCAGACUGUCCAGGACAAGGAGAGCGUAUCCGACGCAGGGACUUGCACCAUUUCCGCUGUUCUUACUGCUGAUGCACACCUUUAAAAAACUUUCUAUUUAAUUUUCCUAUUCAGAUUUCUGCUGUACGUUACCUGUAAGAACUGGACCGAGGAGUUCAGCAGGGUCAAGAAAAGGAAGGCGAGCUGGAAAAGCAUGAAAACCGCCAGGCUCGAGUUUAAUUCUUGAGCGACCAGAGUGCCGUUUAGAGUUUUGUAUCGACGCGUAAUUUCCUGAACCAGACUGACGAUGACUAGUUCGAGGAUCAGGAUGAUCAGUCCAAGGGGCACCAUGGACAAGUCCAAGUAGCCCCACGAAGAAAAAGCCCAGCUUGUUGCACCAACUCGCAGCAGCCACAAACCCACUCCUCCCAAAAUGCAAAUGACACUGCUGCCAAGUUUAAUCCGAUGGCUAGGAAGGCAAAAGCGCCGGCAAGAUUGUCCACUGCCAAGGGCGCAUGCAGCGGCUUUUGCGACCCCGCGUAGCUCCUGUAGUCCGCUUGGUCGCCAUAUUUCCUCACGUCCCGCGCCUGCCACUCCUGCAGCAGACCGGCCUCUUGAAGCCGGCGCAGCUCAACGCUGGUCGCCCUUUGCAGAGGUAACCCUCUUCUCAUCCCAAUUGAAACAAACCUAAAAUU